AUGUCGUCUUCUCACAUGGACAUGGACGAUCCGGAGACCCUCCUCGAGGGCUCCCAAAAGACCCCAAAGAAGACACCCAAGAAGCCCCUCCAAUAUCCCGCCGACAUCCCUCGCCUCACUCGGUUCGGUCGCGGCACGUACGGCGUCAAGACUGGCCCCCUUCCAGAUGGAACUGACUGGUCUAAGCUCUCCGUCGACAUCAUCAAGGAGCAGCUCAUGAUGCGCAACGUCCCCACCGACGGCCGGAAGCAGGUCCUCGUCAACCGCCUGCAGAACUGGCAGACCUACUACGACGGCCAGACAGUCGACGUCCGCCCCGUCGCCGAGGGCUUUGAUCCCGCCGACGAGGGCGCCAGCUCCACCCCCAAGAGCACGAAGAAGCAACGCAACGGCGUCCCUGUCAACGACCAUAGACACAUCAUGUCCACCAAGAAGGCCAUGACCCAGCGCAUGUACAUCAUCAAGCAGUACACCAACGACGAGUGGGGCAACCCGAAUCGGCUCUCGCUCGCUGUCCGUGGAGCCGGCGACGACAUGUACACCGUCACUAUUGCGCAUGAGACGUCGUGCACUUAUGUCCUUACGCACGUCUUGCGCGCUCCUGCCGAGAUCCUCCCUCAGAGAAGGAUCUCCGACGACGAGCUCGCCACGAUCUUUGCUCGUGCCCCAAAGAUCCGCCCUACCCAGGCCGAGAUCGACAACGACCCCGCCUUCAAGGAUGGCGUUCCCAAGUCCAAGGAGGGCAAAGACUGCAUCGUCUGCUACCAGGCGUUCGGCGACUUGGAGACGGUAUGCUGCGGUACUUGCGGCCACUACGCCCACACCGGAUGCUUCGCCACAUUCGCACGCGAGAGCAGCGGCUGGGGUACCAAGUGCCCUACCUGCCAGGCCAAGUGGAACCCCGCUGGCAAGUCGGAGCAGGAUGUUUGA